AUGGUCCAUCUACGAUUCUUCUACGACUUUGCAAGCGCCCAGGACAACGGUAUGACGAGAGGAGGCGCGCUUGGCCGGAUCCCUCAAAUGGUGACGACCUGCCCAUCGAACACCUGGUUUCAUUCUGCAAUUUCGGCUCUUUCGUUCGCAAACUUUGGCGGCAGGCUCAAGUCCCAAGAGGCCAAGGACGCUGGUGUUGUGUUCUAUAACAAUGCGCUAGGCCGACUUGCCAGAGUCAUGUCUGAUUCUGGCGGCGCGAAAAUACAAACAGAUCAAGUUCUGCCCGGUAUUUUCCUUCUGGGUAUCUACGAGGCCAUGACUUCAACCAGUUUUGACGGCACUUACGCCACCCACCAGAAGGGCGCAAUUUCUAUCCUGAAAUUUCUAUGGGACGGCCGUGCGCGGAAGAAUAGAGUCGACAAACCCCGCUACGCGUCCGUCAUCAACAUGCAAGUUCUCAUGCAUUGUCUCUCUAACGCAGAGCCUCCUCCUCCAUUUCUUGCAGAUAUGGAACUGCAUACCACGGACAAUCCUAGCUCCGAGCUGGCCGUUCUCAUUUACAGAACCUGCGAACUCCGAUAUAGACUCGUGCAGCUUGAGCUACAACAGCAAUCCUCGGUGUUGGACGAUACAAAUCUGGACGAGAAGGAGCAGAGACUAGAUCAGUUACUCCGGGAAGCCAUGGAUCUCGACACAGCGCUGGAGGAAUGGUAUCAACGUACAAACGGCCGCGAUGGAUGGAACGUCACUCACUCCAUUCCUGUCAACCCUGAGAGCCGACCACGAUGGGCUCGAGAGCUUUUCAGUCACCCAGGCGCCCCUGAGCAAAUGCUCAUUUACCACACCAUCCUCGCGGCCUUAACCAUAGACCUGUACCGUGGCACUCGCCUGCUGCUAAAUCUCUCAAUCCUUGAACGGGCUCGCGGCAAUGUCGAUUCGCCGAUCCUAGACGCCCAGCUAGUCUUGUACAAUGAGUCCAUUGCUGCGUCAACAGCUGCACUAAUCAUGGAGCUCAUCACGGACCUGUGUAUGGGCGUGCCGUCCAUGUUGCAACUGACGGCAACGGGCGGCACGGACGACCCCCAAUCGAUCGAGGAGGUGUACAGCCUCAGAGGUCUACUGAUGCUGUGGCCUCUUGUCGCGGCCGUGGUGUGUUUACGAAACGAGGACGUUCAAAAGUGUGAUGCCGACGGGAAACGCGCUUGGGCGCGGUGUCUGCUUGCAUUUUUGAAGAAUUCAUUGGGUUUGGCGAAGGCGCAAGCGUUCAUUGCAAAGGACAGCUAA